ACAUUCCGCUGUCAGCCAAUUCACGGCUGUACUGAAGUAGGUAGUUACUGGCACAUAGAGGCCGCUACAGAUACACGCAAAAUAUUUACUUUUAAAUACGGGACUUCUAUUAUUAGCCUCCAUCGAGAACCUGCUUGAGUAAUAACGAAUUUGACCCGGAGUCGUAAAGGCUGUGCAGGGUGAAGUCGGGGGAGACGGACAGGAAAAAAACAAAGAUGGCUGUGUAGCCAGAGAGACGAGUCCCAGCAGAACUGCCUCUAGCCGCGACUUUAAUCACCGACAGGUCCCGUGAGUCCCGUGGACAGUCAGCCGGUACCGGAGCAGGGACGUUAGACGAGCAGUCGAGCUGGGCCGCUGGUGCACAUCGUUGUAAUCUGCUGUCAUUGCGAAUAACGGCGUCGAGAGUACAACAACAGCUGAGAGACGCCUGAGUUGUUUUUGUUCUGCCUGGGCAAAGGGAGAGGACUGCUGUGUUUUUGUCAACGUAGCUAGCCGCAUAGUCUGCUAGCAUCACUGUAAGUCAACAAAACUAGUCAACGUUUAAUUAAGGCAUAAUUACAUUUUGCACAUGAUCUCGUUAUUACACAAUCAUUGGCUUGUUAAAUUCCAAGUUGGUAAGUGGGGGGUAGCAUUAUUAAUAAUAAUAAGUUAGCCUGCAUUCCUUUCUGACAGCCUGCUGCCGUAGCGUUAGCUUAGCUAACGUUAGCUAGCUGUCAGCUGACCGUUAGCUUGACAGGUUGUAAGCUAGCCCUGAGCUAACCUGCUAAUAUUUCGGGCUCAGCCUGGUCGCGGCAGGUACAUCUCAGAAAUUUCUAGACAGUCAUCGCCAUGUCUUCACUGGAAGAGAGAGACGUGGGCGUUGCGGCCGCCCCUGGCUCCUCCUCGGCCGGCCUGGGGGUCGGGGCCGUGGGGGCAGCGGUGGAGGCUGUCGCCGGGGUCGCAGCCAUGCAGGAGGAGGUCGGGAUUCGGCGAGAAGGGCCCGAGCCUGACCCAGACGAGCCACCCAAGAAGAGGGUGAGACUUCCCGAGGGAGAGUCAGGAAAGCUGGAGGAGAGACUGUACUCAGUGCUGUGCUGCACCGUGUGCCUAGACUUGCCCAAGGCGUCUGUAUACCAGUGUACCAAUGGACACCUGAUGUGUGCAGGCUGUUUUAUCCACCUCCUGGCUGAUUCUCGUCUCAAGGAGGAACAGGCCACAUGUCCAAACUGCAGGUGUGAGAUCAGCAAGAACCUGUGCUGCAGGAACCUUGCUGUGGAGAAGGCUGUCAGUGAGCUGCCGACAGAAUGCACCUUCUGCCUAAAACAGUUCCCCCGCUCCAGCUUAGAGAGACACCAGAAAGAGGAGUGCCAAGACAGGGUGACACAGUGUAAGUACAAGAGGAUUGGCUGCCCUUGGCAAGGUCCGUUCCAUGAGCUGCCAGCACAUGAGAGUGAGUGCUCCCAUCCUACUAAGACUGGUACAGAGCUGAUGGGGAUACUGGGAGAGAUGGACCAGAACCACCGCAGAGACAUGCAGCUCUAUAACAGCAUCUUCAGCCUGCUCUGCUACGAAAAGAUCGGGUUUACAGAGGUGCAGUUCAGGCCGUACCGCACUGAUGACUUCAUCACUCGUCUGUACUAUGAAACACCACGCUUCACUGUUCUGAACCAGACGUGGGUGCUGAAGGCCCGUGUUAACGACUCUGAGCGCAACCCCAACCUGUCCUGCAAGCGCACCCUCUCCUUCCAGCUCAUCCUCAAAAGCAAGGUGAACUCUGCCCUGGAGUGCUCCUUCCUGCUGCUGAAGGGGCCGUAUGACGACGUGCGGAUCAAGCCGGUCAUCCACCACCACUCCUUCAGCAACGACGCCAACGAGACCGACUACGUCCCUCUCCCCAUCUCCGAUUCAGUGGAGUGCAACAAACUGCUGGCCGCCAAAAACAUCAACCUGCGCCUGUUCAUCUUCCAAGUCCAAAAAUAAAGAGUGAGGGAAGAGGAGGAGGAGGAGGAAGAAGAUGGGAAGGAAGAGGAAGAAGAAGAAGAGGGGUGAUGGAGGGCGAGGGGCAGAGAGGGAGAGAGAGAGGAGUGAUGAAGAUUAAAGAGAUUAAAGAGAGACACCACUGAACCACUGAUACCUCUUAACACCUACACACACACACACACACACACACACACACACACACACAAAUACACACAUAUAUUCACUCACACAGAUACACAGAUUCACGCAGGGUACACACGCCUUCACACACACAUAUACAUACACACACACCACUAAUUACACUUACCUCCUUUUACAAGAUAGUGAGACCCCUUGCUCGGGGGAAUUGUGAGUUGCUAUGGAGAUGGGUGGGAAUUGUUAUGGGAUGGAGGGGGUGGGGUGAAACCUGCGAAGGCAUAGGUGGGGGUGUUGGGGGUAAGGGGUGAGGGAGGGGGUUCUGGGAUGGUUGGUGUGUACCUGUGGAGGCUCUCUGACGUCCGGUUGUGUCUGACCUUUCACCCCUGACACCCACAGCCAAAGGUAGCACACACCGACCAAAGCAGGAUUUGCUGGGUGCAUUUGUUGCAUGCGUGCGUGCGUGCGUGCGCGUGUGUGUGUGUGUGUGUGUGUGUGUGUGUGUGAGAGAGAGAGAGAGAGAGAGAAUAACUGAGCGAGAAAGAGAGUUAAGUGACGGACCCUGGAGUGUGGUCCAAACUCUGCUUUUAUGUUGCAAUGUCCCAAAGACAUGAUAAUGUGAAAAUAGAGUGAUAGACUCUACUGAGCUGUUCUUUGGACAUGUGAAUGGAUGUCGAGGACAUGUGUGUGUGUGUGUGUGUGUGUGUGUGUGUGUGUGUCCUUUCCCUCUUCCCUCUACACACUUUAUGCCUGAGUCUAGUCAACAGCCUGUUGACAAAAGUGUUCUGUUUUGGCAAAAGUGUCCAUUUUGCGUCUCAAACUUUGCCAGAACAGACGAAAGACGGCGUCCCCCCCAGUGACCCCUUUUACCUUUCAACAAGAGGAGAGAUGUCCUGGCUGCAUGCAUAUUUUAGUUCUUCGACUUAUUCCUCCAGCUGUGGUUAUAGUUAGGCUAACCUUCAACACUAAUACCAUUUUUAUUUCUCUUAACCCUAAAUAUUUAAGUACCUGUGAACUUUUUUCUUUUUAGUUGGGUUUUAGCGUGUGACUGGCUGCUUGCGUGUGUGUGUGUGUGUGUGUGAGUGUAAACAGAUCAUAACUGUGAGAUUCUUGUGAACAUGUCCCUAUGUGAAAAACAGUACAGUCCUCGAGGACAUGACUAGCAAAGCUGAUUACCAACAGACCUUCAGGGGCCCCAAAAGCCCCCAGGUUCACUGUGUGUCAGUUGCUUUUCGCUAAUUUGAUUAUUUGCAAAUUUGUUUGGGAAUUUGAACCCCUUAAGUACAAUAACUGCGCAACUACAUAAUCUAGGUCUAACACCUUUAUUAUUUUGGUUUAUAUCAUGCUCAUAUGGUGUGUUUUUAUAAGAAUCCUAAUUUCAAUGUAGUAAUUAGAUAAAUCAGCCAGGCUGAUGUUAUCUUAUUGCAGCUACAUCUGUAUCAGUGUAUGUCGGCCGAUAAGUUAAAUUGCAGUGCAGAAAUGCCAAACUGGGUUUGAGGAAAUUUAGAAACUGCCACUAUUACAUAGUUUGUCCACCAGAGAGCACUGACAAGAUGAUUUUUCAAAUGUAAAAUGUCCCGCUCAGUAUGUAUCUUGGUCACAAUUCUUUGAAGAAAACAAAUCUAAAAAGAUUGUUUUUUUGUUUGUUUUUGUUGUGUUAAUGUUGAAAUUAAUUUAAUUAAUUGAAAUUAUCCAAUUUUUACAACUCCCAAAUACUGUUACUGGUAUCAGCCUAAAUAAUCCGGUAUUGGUGGGAUUAUAGUAGUAAUAUCUCACACGAUCACUGGUUAUUUCAUUUCCUGCCAUCAUGGGAGAAAGACUGAAAACUUUUUUGACACAGAUUUGAUCAAAUUAAAUUAAAUGCUCCUCAACAUAUCAGUAAAAAAUAUCACCAGCUUUGAUCCAAUGUUAUAAAUGAUUUUUAUUUUAUUUUUUUGGUACAUGGUGCAUUUUUCAUCAAAUUACCACCAACUAACUGACAUACAGGAAACCUGGGCCAGGUAGUAGUGAGCUGUGUGCGCUGUUCUUGAUGGAUGAACUUGGAGGCAACAGGGGCCCAACAGCCGACUUUUGGACGAAUCAGCAACAGCAAGGGGGACGUAACCCAAACUGUGAGCGCAGAGUCUCAGAGCGAUCUGGACUUCUUCGUCUGCUCGGAGCUCAACGGCUCUCUGGAGAAGACUUUUCUGGAAGAUCAGACUUUGGGGUGGUGAUGGAUGGUGUGUCUGUGUGUGUUUGUGGGGACGGGGCGGGGGUUACCUUACCACAAUGACAUAUUAGUGUUAGACUUACUUGAACAAGAACGAGAAGAUGUUACUUAAGUAGAUUCUACUGUAAAGCAGAUAGAUCUCUCUCCUCCUGACCUCUACUUCCUGUAUUUCUGUGUUUUAAUGCUUUGUCUCUAUGCCAGUGGACUCACUCAUCUCACUAUGGCUGUACAUGUGCCUUUUAUUAAAGAUCAUGGAACCUGC